AUGGGUCAGGACACCACUAUGCCUCGCGGGAUCAAGAGAGUGUACUUAAAUGAUGAGGCUCGGCUUUGGCAUCAGAUCUUUAGCAACUUUGUGAUGCCAAGUACUCAUGAGACAGAGAUCCCGGCUGCCAUGAUCACCCUUCUAUGGUGUGUGUUGGAGGGCCGUCGAGCUGACGUGCCAUGGGAGGAUGCCAAUGAGAGACCACCAGCGGCGGACUGCAGGAAGAUCAUUCCUCACAGCAGGAACUUCCUCGCUUUGGGCUACAGACCACCACCUUUCACUGCUACUGAUGAGACAGCCCCUCCGUCUGCUGGACCCUCUUCAUCCACUUCUGCACCUGCUGCCACCACUGCACCUCCACCUGCCUCUGAGCCGGUAUACCGCCUCGUGCACCGCCUAUUCCGCCAGCUCGAUCAGAUGGAGCGCCGUAACAGGCGCCGGUAUGAGAGACUGGAGCGUCGCAGCAGGCGACGUUAUUCGCAUCUGAAGUUGAUGAUCAGACAGGGCGCCGACAUCCUCUCCGAGCUCGACACACCAUCAGAGCCAUCAGAGGAGGAGGAGGAUGAGCACGAGGAGGAGCCUCACCCCCAGGCGGAGACUCAUCAGCAGGUAGGUGUAGAACAGCCUGCACCACACCAGGAGGUCCCACAUCAGCUUGAGGCUGCAGACCCGGAGAUCCCGAUCCAAUAUUGGUAUGAGUCUCUUCUUGAGAGCAAAGAAGCAGCUGGACUUCCUCCUCCUUCUUGGGAAGAGUUUACUGAAGAGUUUCUUGCUCGAUUCUAUCCAGCUAACAAGCAAGCAGAAGAUGCAAUUGCCUUUGAAAGAUUAAGGCAAGAGAAUAUGACAGUGACUGAGUAUGCUAAGGAGUUUACUAGACUUUCUAAGAGUGCUCCGUACUUGGUGAAUUCAGAAGAGAUGAAAGUUUAUCGUUUCGUUCAUGGAUUGGCAGAACCUAUGUUCACUACUCUUAUGCCUGAAGACGGACGCAUGUCUUUUAAGGAUGUCCUAAACUCUGCCUAUGGAAUUGAAGCUGGGAUAGCGGAGAGAAAUGCUUUUAAGGAUGUUGGUAAGAAGCCCAAGAUGAAGGGACAAUUUUCUGGUGGAUCUAGUUUAGGAGGAUUUCAAUCUCAUCAUGGUCAAACUAAUCAGCAAAGUUAUUCGGGGUAUCGAGCUCGUCCUCAAGCAUCUUUUGGUGGGGUUGCUUCUUCUGGAUCUGCUCCCAUGAGUGUUUCGAAUCCCAGACCUUUUGUUAAGAGCACCUCUCAAUCUAGUGCACAGGGUUCAAAUCAGACAAGGCCAGCUCAGCCCUAUUGUCUUCAGUGUGGGAGUUACCAUUCCGGUAUAUGUUUCAAGGCUACUGGUGCAUGUUUUGGUUGUGGUCAAUCUGGUCAUCUUAGGAGGGAUUGUCCAAAUUCUAGAGGAGGCUUUGCUCCAGGUAUUGCACGUCCUACAACACCAAUGCCAUCAUCUUCAGCUAUGUCUCUUGGAAAUUCUUCUGGUCCUAGUGGCAGAGGAGCAGGUGGUAGGGGUCAGACUUAUAACAGAGGAGGGAGCCAAAGAGGAAGAGGUCAGGCACGUGUGUAUGCCUUAACACGUCAAGAUGCUCAAGCUUCUCAUGCUGUGGUGGCAGGUACUUUACAAGUUUGUUCUUUAGAUGCUCGAAUGUUAUUUGAUACGGGUUCUCAUUAUUCAUAUGUAUCUCCACAUCUUGCAUCUCGUUUCGGUAAACAACCUGAACUGUUAUCCCACCCAUUUCAUGUUGGCACUCCGCUUGGAGUCUCCACGAUGGUUCGAGUCGUAUUUCAGUCUUGUGUUGUUAGAAUUAAUACCGUUGAAACCUUAGCUGAUUUGAUCCUUUUAGAACCAAUGGAAGAUAUUGAUGUCAUCUUAGGCAUGGAUUGGUUAGCAGCUUGUCAUGCUGAUGUGGGCUGUUACUCCAAAACUGUAAAGUUUGACAUACCGGGUAUCUCACCUUUUGUUUUUAAGGGUGAUGACUGUCCCACUUUAGCUAGCAUCAUCUCAUCUAUGAGUGCUAUGCAAUUGAUGGAUAAGGGAAACCAAGGAUUUCUGGCAGUUGUUAGAGAUGUUGAUGCCGAAGUGCCUAGUCUUGAUCAGGUUCCUAUAGUUAGAGAAUUUCCUGAUGUGUUCCCUGAUGAGCUACCAGGGAUGCCACCUAAUCGCGAAGUUGAGUUUUCCAUAGAAUUAGCUCCAGGAGUCCAACCUGUGUCCAUUCCUCCCUAUCGUAUGGCUCCAACUGAGUUACGAGAAUUAAAAGUUCAAUUGGAAGAUAUGCUAGAGAAAGGAUUCAUUCGUCCUAGCACUUCUCCAUGGGGAGCUCCUGUUCUAUUCGUAAAGAAGAAGGAUGGGACGAUGCGACUAUGUGUGGAUUAUCGUCAGCUCAAUAAGAUAACUGUUCGCAACAAGUAUCCAUUGCCAAGGAUUGAUGAUUUGUUUGAUCAACUUCAAGGAGCUACCUGUUUCUCAAAAAUCGACCUGCGUUCAGGGUACCAUCAAUUGAAGAUAAAAGAGGAAGACAUUCCAAAAACUACUUUUCGUACUCGCUAUAGGCACUACGAGUUCUUAGUAAUGUCCUUUUGUCUGACGAAUGCGCCAGCAGCUUUCAUGGACUUAAUGAAUCGAGUCUUCAAACCUUUCUUGGACCGCUUUGUUAUCAUCUUCAUUGAUGAUAUCUUGGUGUAUUCGAAAAGUGCUACGGAGCAUGAGUAUCAUUUGAGGAUUGUGUUACAAACCUUAAGGGAUCACAAGCUUUAUGCUAAGUUUUCUAAAUGUGAGUUUUGGCUUGAUCAAGUGACAUUCUUGGGGCAUGUGAUAUCAAAAGAUGGAAUCAUGGUGGAUCCAAAGAAGGUUGAAGCCGUUCAGAAGUGGCCAAGGCCAACUACAGUGACAGAAAUUCGCAGCUUCCUAGGGUUGGCCGGUUACUAUCGGCGGUUCAUCAAGGACUUUUCGAGAAUUUCGACACCAUUAACCAAGUUAACUCAGAAGAAUGUGAAGUUUCAAUGGUCAGAAGCUUGUGAGGAAGGUUUUCAGACACUUAAGGCUUGUCUAACCUCAGCACCAGUUCUUGUUUUACCUUCUGGGUCUGGGGGAUUCUCAGUCUUUUGUGAUGCAUCUCGGAUAGGACUUGGUUGUGUAUUAAUGCAGCAUGGCCGCGUUAUUGCCUAUGCCUCGCGACAACUCAAGAAGCAUGAGCAGAAUUAUCCAACUCAUGACAUGGAGAUGGCAGCGGUCGUCUUUGCUUUAAAGAUUUGGAGACAUUACCUUUAUGGUGAGACCUGUGAGAUCUAUACGGAUCACAAGAGUUUGAAGUAUAUAUUCCAACAAAAGGAUUUAAAUUUAAGGCAACGGAGAUGGAUGGAGUUGCUAAAAGAUUAUGAUUGUACCAUUUUGUAUCAUCCUGGAAAGGCAAAUGUUGUAGCAGAUGCCCUCAGUAGAAAAUCUAUGGGUAGCUUGGCCCAUAUCACUCUUGGAAGGAGACCAAUUGUUGAAGAAGUCCAUCAAUUGGAGGCCAGUGGAAUUCAAUUUGAUCUUGGAGAAUCAGGAGUUUUCUUAGCACAUGUUCGAACCCAAUCUUCCCUGAUAGAACAGAUCAAGGUUGCACAAAGUGAUUGGUGGGAAGGCAUGAAGAAAGACAUAGGAGUUUUUGUUUCUCAUUGCUUAACUUGCCAACAAGUUAAAGCUGAACAUCAAAGACCUGCUGGGUUAUUACAACAGAUUGAGAUACCUGAAUGGAAGUGGGAAAGGAUUACAAUGGAUUUUGUAACAGGUUUACCUCGUAGUUUUAAAGGUUUUGAUUCAAUUUGGGUAAUUGUGGAUAGAAUGACGAAGUCAGCUCACUUUCUUCCGGUGAAAACAACUUUCAGUGCAGCUCGGUAUGCUCAACUUUAUGUUGAUGAGAUAGUUAAGCUACAUGGAAUUCCAGUGUCCAUUAUUUCAGAUCGCGGGCCCCAGUUCACCUCUCAUUUUUGGAAAUCUUUUCAAAAAGCGUUAGGAACCCGUCUAGAUCUUAGCACAGCUUUUCACCCUCAAACUGAUGGGCAAUCAGAGAGGACGAUCCAGAUAUUGGAAGACAUGUUAAGGUGUUGUGUUCUAGAUUUUGGUGGGAAUUGGGACAGCUAUCUACCUUUGAUCGAGUUCUCUUAUAAUAAUAGUUAUCAAGCCAGCAUUCAAAUGGCACCAUUUGAGGCUCUUUAUGGGAGAAGAUGCAGGUCACCUAUUGGGUGGUUUGAGGUUGGUGAGGUUAAGCUUUUAGGGCCAAAUUUGGUACAAGAUGCGGUUGAGAAGGUUCGCAUAAUAAGAGAACGUUUAUUAGCAGCUCAGAGUAGGCAGAAGGCUUAUGUUGAUAAUAGGAGGCGUAACUUAGAAUUUUCAGUGGGUGAUCAAGUGUUUCUUAAGGUGUCACCUAUGAAGGGAGUGAUGAGGUUUGGAAAAAGAGGGAAGCUAAGUCCUCGUUAUAUUGGUCCAUUUGAGAUAUUGGACAGAAUAGGUGUAGUCGCUUAUCGCUUGGCACUACCGUCUGAGUUGUCUAUGAUUCAUCCAGUUUUUCACAUGUCAAUGUUGCGCAAAUACCUUUCUGACCCAUCUCAUGUGCUUACACCACAAGCCAUAGAGCUAAAGGAGGAUUUAUCAUUUGAAGAGGAACCCGUGGCUAUCGUUGAUCGCCAAGUAAAGAAACUACGUUCUAAAGAGAUAGCAUCUGUGAAAGUUGUUUGA